UCAGUGUGCGGCGGACAUUUCUAUCGAUUCCAGUGCUCCGUUGCUUUUUCAGCCCUUCUAGCCAGAUUUUAUCUGAUUGCCACCGAUUGGGCAUGGAUAGUGUUGUGCCCACCUGAAUCCCCCGCGAAGCCAUCCUGCCCUGGAUCCCGAGACGGUGAGCGCAGAGGUGGAUUUUCAGGAGUGCGCCCGUCCUCCUGGGCAUUAGAAGUGAAGUGGAGCGCAAGAGUUUGGCCAAAGAGAAAGUGAAAAAUUGUGGAAAAACUGCCUGGUGUGGUCUCGAGGAUGGGUGAAGCAGUGGAAAAAGAGUGGAAAUAAAAUGAAAAUGAUGUGAGAAGUGUGGAAAAAACGAACACAACUGAAGGCUUAUUAUAAUAAAAAUAGCUUCUAACAGUGGGCUUCCACACCGACCAGUAAGAAAAGUAUUGAGGAAAAAGCCACUACAGGCAGAUAAGGUUGAUUUGUUCCCUCGACAUAUUUUUUCUCGCGCUCCCCCAUUCCGCCCCCCCUCGACGCCCGAUGGUGGAAGCGAUUGUGAUGAUUUGACGACAGAAAGUCUGUGCACCACUAUACAUAAUUCACGACAAUUUUGCAAAUGGAUUACUAAUUGCUCGUAUCAUCGGACGACAUCUUCAGUCACAUCGAGCCACUCUGCAACCACCCAGAUUCAAUUGACGUCCCAGUGCACUCGUGAUAACUCGCGGAGGAGAGUCAGGAGAGUGUGUAGCAGUUUUCGUGUUGAUGCGAAUUGAAAGUGUUGGAAAAAAUUGUGGAGAUUUUUCAGUGGUUUGAUCGGAAUCUCAGCAGAGGAUGGGAAAUUACUGCAGCACUGGGAUUAACAAGAAGAACCUCGAUAAUGAUUCAGAAAAAUCAGAAGACUCUCCAUCGUACCAGUUGAAUGACAAGAGGAAGAAGCAGAAAAAGAAUGGGCAGAAGAAGGAGGCUCCGCUGGCGGAUCCGGAGCCCAUCUCAGACAUAUCGGUCAAUGCUCAAAACACUGCCGGAUCGCCGAACAACGGACAGGACAUCAAGGCGCUGCAGAAGCCUCAAGGCGACAUUCUGGCCACAGAUGGGGAGCCCAUGUCGGCCAGUCCCCACACCCUAACCGCCCCCUGUCCUCUGCCCACCGUCACCAAAACGCUGCCCGCCAAUUUGCAACCACUACACGGCAAAAUCUCCACCACGAGGCGAACGGAGAAAGACAAGAAGAUCAUCUUGUAUGUUCUGGCACCUGAUCAAGGAGCGGAUUACAACCUGUGUCCAUUGCACAAAAUCUACGAUUUACUGCGCCAAAAGUGUGAAAGCCGAGGCUUCGAGCUACAAAUAUCUAAUCUGCACAAUACGAAUCAAUAUCCAGAAUCCACAUUCUUCACUGAUGCAUUUUUCGAGGAUGGUCCUCUUGAGGCGCGCUGUGGGCACUCUCUUGCCGCCAGCUGCCUGGCUGAGAUCGCACGACAGUCAAACAACAGCUACUUGAUUCCAGUCCUGUACCUGGGCAGCGAGCUGGGAACCCAACUUCUGCCACUCACCAUCGAGAGCCAGGACUUCAGGUCGGUUCUCAACACCGUGGAGAAUCCCGAGAGUCGGGCGCUGCUCGAAAAAUGGUACAAAGAGGAUUCGUCAGCCCAGCCGGCGUGCUAUCGUCUGGAGAGCAUGCCCGAGGAAGCGGCUCGAGCGAAAGAAUGGGCUGGGCUGUUGCAGGCGAUGAUUAUGAUAUUCACAAAGGAGUUGAGGGACUCAUACUUGGCGUCAGUGGUUGAGCAGGAGAUCAACAACACGGUGCUGUUUCGCCAGGAUCUGGCCAAGAGAUGUAUCUGGAUUCAGACAGCACAACCUGCUCCUGCUGACGGCAAUGCAGCUCUCGACACCGAGAUUCAUCGCCGACUAGGAAAAUUCACCAAUGAUCUGAAGAGUCAACUGGCAGAGAAACACAUCCUGAAGACAUCAAGUCAGGAUCGGGCCGAUCAAUCCCUAACGCAGCUGGGAACGCUUCUCUCAGACGAGAUUGACGCUAUCAUUGAGGAGCACAAUAACAAAUUCCAAAUACCCUUCUGCACCUUUGGCGUCGAUCGGAGGCUAUUUGCCGAACUCGAAGACGUUAGUCAGCACUCAAAAAUUCUCGGUCAGAGCUGUGCGGAUUGUGUUGUCCUCGAGAAAGCCAAGAGGUACAUUCUGGAGAGCUCCACGAAACCACUUGUCAUCUACGGGAAAUCAGGAUCUGGGAAGAGCGUGGUCACUGCCAUGUUGGCGCAGAAUGUUCACUCCUGGAUUCCAGAUUGCUGCCUGAUCCUCAGAUAUGCAAAAUUGACCAUGCGAAGUUCAACCUUGGAGGCUCUCUUGCAGUCCAUUUGCUCGCAACUAUCGGUGAUCGUUAAAGAUGGACCAUCGUUAUGUCGUCAUGACGUGUCAACAUACUCAAGUAUAAUUGAAGACUGUCUCAAGGUAGCCACAAGUCGAAUUGUUAUCGUAAUUGACUCUCUGGAUAGUUUAUCGAAUGGUGUAAACUUAGACUGGUUGCCUGCAACUCUGAAGGAGAAUGUGAAGAUCAUCGUAACUGUUACAACCAAUGCAACUGAGUUGCCCAAAGUGUCCAAAGACAGUAGUGUUCACAGUGAAUCUCUACUUUAUGCUCUUAAGGAUAAAAUCCAAUGUGAUGAUAAUUUUGUGUUGUCCUCCGCAUUCACCGAAGCCCAGUGGAUUGACGUUAUCAACACCGGAGGCAGUGACUUCUAUGCUGCCAAUGGGGCUCUUCAUUUGCCAAAUGAUUGGAAGAUGUGCACAGAAAAGACGCCAAUUCAAGCUAAGAUUCUCUGGUGGCUUGCGUGGUUCGGUGUGAAAUCUCUGAAAAACACCUCUCUGGAUUCCAUCGCAAACGAGGUGUUUGAGCUGAUGGAGAAGAGAUUCACGAAGAAAACUACAAGUCAUAUCAUCUCGCUGAUCGUUGCAUCGCCGCAUGGAAUCAUGGAGACGGAGAUCAUGGAGCUGAUCGGGGACAAGUUGGAGAAGAGCCACGGAUCUCCGACUCAGCUGUGGUUGAAUUUCUCUUGGUUUAUGGGACCACUUCUGCGUCACAGCAACAAUGUUAGUAUUAUGGAUAGGCUGCUUCUCAAGAUCGCCAAUGAGAGAUACAGUGCAGAGAUUCAAGCAGCCCAUAUCACGCUUCACGACUACUAUUCCUCCCGGGGAUCAACUUAUUUGAGUUCAUCAGGCAAAAUUCAGUGUUUGAAUAUGAGGAAAUAUAUAAACUUGCCUUAUCAUGCUUACUGCAAAAACUCAUCCUCCUUCACCACUUCCUCGUACCUCACGGACCUCACGUGGAUUUACAACAAGAUAAAAUGCACAGGAUGCAUCUACAUGCUGUCCGACAUUGCUCUCUGUGCUGACGCUAAAGCUGAGCAUCUCAAAUUCCUCGACAAGUUCAUUCGCGAUCACUUCACAGCUCUCAACUACGAUGUUCAGCAGUUCUACUCUCUACUGAAGGCGGAUCUUAACACAUCUCCCGAUACCAAUCCCACGAUGGCGUCCUGGAAGAAGGCUCUAAGCGAAAAUGACGUGAUAUGCUUGGAGAUUGUUAAGGAAAUUGAGCUGAAGAGUGAUUCCUCGACGGACUCUGGUGAGGCCGUGAUGAGAUGUGACUCAAUCAUCAAUUUGGGCGGGAAAGGAUACUUCGUGGCGUCCAUCAGGACUGAGAAGGAAGAGAUUUGCAUAUGGGAUGUUGAGAGAUGCUGCCGAGUGAGGACUUUCACGGGAAUUCCUCAGCCAUCGGCAAUUUGUCCUGUUGGAGACUUUGGAGCUGCUGUCCUGUGUCGCAGGGAAAUAAAAGUUCUUGAUUUAGACAACGGGUGUUUCAAGGUAACACUCAAAGGAGUGAUGAACCAGAAAAUGCCUUACUUUGGACUUCACGACAUGACGCACCUGGUGUGUCUCUCUCGCAAUCGCAUGUACGUGAAUCUCAUGAAUCUCGAGUCUGGUGACUGUGUGACCACGUUCAAGGCAGGUGAAGACAGGUUUCUCAACUCCCUUCUUAUUUCCGGCGACGGAAGGAUUUUGGUGUGCGGCGAUGAGACUCAGAAGCCAUUCCCGCUUCUCGUGUGGCAUCUGUCACAGAGGAAACUGCUGUACGACCUCCGGAUUCCUCACCAUGACUUCAUCACCAGUCUCUCUGCCAUCACCCAUGAAGGUUCCUACGUGUGCGUUGUGGCGAAGGAGUUGGCAGAACCCGCUCCCAAUUUCAUCGUUGUCUACGAUCUGCAGAGUGGGACGCUCUUCAAGAAGUGGAAGCCGUCCUGCAACACGGAGUCCCUGGCCAUUUCGCAAACGAUGACAUGCGUAAUUGCAGGACUCGAGGAUGCGCGUAUAUUUGUCUGGGAUCUGGUCACUGGUAAUUGUAAACUAACUCUGAUGGGCCACAAUGCACCAGUGACUCUGCUAAAGUUGGAUCCAACUGGGAAAAUUCUUCUCUCCGGAGACAAGGAUGGUCGCGAUCCUUCCAUCCGCAUGUGGGAUCUUGACACAGGAGCAUCUUUGGCCGUCUUUACUCCAUCACAGAAGAUAUCAACGUGUGAGAUUUUAAGUGAUGGAAAAUACGUGGUUAUUGCUCUGGAAAACCAGGAGGAUCUGAUAACGCUGAGUCUCAAGAAGUUGAAUGCCACUCUAGACAUUUCUACGAAAGUCACUUAUGGUAAGGAGGAAAAUGAGGGUAAAACAUUUGAUCUUCAGAAGCAGUAAGCUUAAUUUUCCCAUGUUGUCUAUGUCUGUAAAUAUUUCUUGAGAUAAAAAAAAAUUGGGUGCACGAGUUGCAAAUUGUCAUAUUUAUUGAAUUAGAAGAAAAAAAAAUCAAAAAACCGAAUUAUCUAUACGACCAAAGAAUAUUCAGUUCUUUUAACAAAUUUCUCAACUAAAUCGUAUGAAUAAAGAGAGAAAUCAUCGUGAGGGUGUAUUUAUUGAUUUACAUCGGUUUUUCGUCGAUAGGCAAAUUAGACAAAAUGAUAAUGAAAUUUAAUUGUAACAGAGGAGCAAACUUCAUGAUUAUACCGAUAAGUUGGUGGAUAAACUUAUUAGAUCUUUAAAAUUAAUCAAACAUGUUAGAAAUUUUAAAAGAGAAUUUAGCAAACAUUAUAAAUGUGUGGUCUUUCUUGCUAGAAAUUUGUGAGACAUAAACAAGGUAAAAUUAUUAUGUAUUCAAGACAUUAUGAAAUUAAAACAAAGUGACAGAAAAUAGGCGGAAAAUCACUAGAACAUUACUUAAACUAUUUGCUUAUAAUAAUGUAAAAAUUACAAUAAGGUUUUUAGACUUUAGUCAUUAAUGUUGGUGAAAUAUAUAUAACUACGAGCUCAAUUCAGGACUUAAGAACUCUCUUCAUCGGCCUUCCAAGAAGCAUCUUCACAUCUAAUCUUCAUAUUCUGUGAACAUUUUCAGAAAAUAAAUCCUCCAAUCCGAUGAUAAGAAAAGUUCUUAAGCGCCCGAUUGAGACCUUCAUUUUCAAAUUUAUUGCCAAAUUGCCAUGAAAAACAUUUAAAAUGGAAUUAAAGUGAAGAGGAUAAAAUGUUACUUAAUAUAGAAAAUAGUAAAAUCACAUGGGAUAGAAAAGUGGUAUGUAGAGAAAGAUAUAUAAAAGAAUAUAAAAUAGUCCACAAAUUAUUUUACGACGCUCACUAUUGCAUCUAAUUUUGUGCAACUCCACCAAUAAUAUAUCUAAAUAUGUAAUUCAGGACUUUAAAAGAAAUAACUAAGAGACAUAUUUUACUCAUCUGGAAUGAGAUAACCAAGGCAGGUCCUUUUUGGUUCUUUUUGAUGAAAAACACACACGGAAUAUUCAUACAGAAAACACAAAGAAAUCUGUAUUGCAUUUUUUGGAUUUACAAAAUUUAUUGUGCAAUAAAGAAAUGUAUUGAACAGAAGAUGAAAAA